UAGCAGGAUUUCCAUUUCCGCGUCUUCCUCGAACGAACUCAAACCCAUGCUGUCUCCCACCUGCAGCAAUCGGUGAAGAAACUCGGAUUUCCAAUUAUUUAGAACUUUCCUUUGAAUUCUUUAACUAUGGUUUCCUUCUUCAAUCUCCAAUUCCCGUAAAAAGAAGGGAAAAACAAUGGCGCGUUUAUUGCCUCUGUUCUUCAUUUUCUCUCUGUUCUUCAGCCUCUCUUCUUCCAAAACUCUCAAACGCGACGUUAAAGCAUUGAACGAAAUUAAGGCGUCGUUGGGGUGGAGAGUGGUGUACGCUUGGGUCGGUGACGAUCCUUGCGGUGACGGAAACCUGCCGCCUUGGUCUGGAGUCACAUGCUCCCUCCAGGGUGACUAUAAAGUCGUCACCGAACUGGAAGUUUAUGCAGUGUCGAUCGUCGGGCCAUUUCCCAUUGCGGUGACGAAUUUGCUGGAUCUUACACGACUUGAUCUGCAUAAUAACAAGCUGACUGGACCGAUCCCGCCUCAAAUCGGACGGCUCAAACGUCUUAAAAUACUUAAUUUGAGGUGGAAUAAGCUACAAGAUGUACUUCCUGCUGAAAUUGGUGAACUUAAGAGUCUAACACAUCUGUAUCUGAGCUUCAAUAGUUUCAAAGGGGAAAUCCCCAAGGAGUUUGCAACUCUACCAGAACUUCGCUAUCUAUAUCUACAUCAGAACCGUUUUUCAGGGCGUAUUCCAGCAGAGCUAGGCACCUUGCAGAAACUUCAGCACUUGGAUGUUGGGAACAAUCAUUUGGUAGGUACUAUAAGACAACUCAUACGAACUGAUGGUUGCUUCCCAUCACUUCGGAACCUUUACCUGAACGAUAAUUACUUAACGGGAGGAGUUCCAGCAGAGUUAGCAAGCCUGACAAACUUGGAAAUCUUGUACCUAUCCAACAACAAACUGUCUGGAGUAAUACCAUCUGAAGUUGCUCAUCUCCCUAGGUUGACUUCUUUGUAUUUAGAUCACAAUCAAUUUGCAGGAAGAAUUCCUGAAGCACUCUAUAAACAUUCCUUCUUGAAAGAAAUGUACAUUGAAGGAAAUUCAUUCCGGGCAGGAGUGAACCCAAUUGGUGUCCACACCGUCUUGGAACUUACGGACUCGGAGUUCCUAGUUUAGUCAAAACCAGCAAUAUAGGAUUCUUUAUUGUUAUGUCAAUUUUGGGAAAUUGUGAUCAUAUUUGCCUUGACAUUGGUUUAUCUAGUUCUCUGGCAAUGGAAAUCUUAAUGUUUACCCACUGAA